CAACAUUUGGGCCAGGUGGCAACGUUGUGGUUAGAAAAUCGUAAACUGAAUAAAACUUAAUAAACUAAAGUUUCGCUUCCAAUGUAAAAGUUUAUAAUAUAAGAAAAAGGCUGAGCAAUAUAGCAAACGGGACUCAAUGCGUACGGCGGGCUUGAACUGCCGUCGCCUUGGCUUCCUGUUAAACUGUUAGUUGAUUUUCAUGUUGUUGGCCCGUUGUUAUACCGAUGUCGGCAAAACCUUAAGUCUGAUUUUCGAGUCUGGGAGGCAAUGGAGACUGAUUACCAAAAUUACGUCGAGUCAUUGUCGGGAGUAUCAUCAGAUGACGAUGAUAUCUCCACGGUGGAUAGUUCCGAUGAGGCUGAGGAGGCCACAAUCUCCAACUCGCACAAUCAUCCAAUCCAACUGCAAUCGCGUACGCGAAACUUGGUGCAAAUGUUGUUCGACAGAGAGCGAACAGGACACUUUUCAGGUAUAUCACGUGCGGGCCAAAAACAAAAACUUCCAUAUGAAAGAGUGCCAAAUAGAUUAAAAUUGUAUCUGAAGGAUGUCCUAGCCAGCAACGCUGUGGAAGGGCACAUCUUCAUGGGAUUAACAGCCUGUGGACAGUAUAUGAUCAGUCAUCGCGUUGUGUGCAACGACAACACGUCACUCAAUCAUUACUCCUUUAAUGUGGGCUACAAGUACACUCUUUACUUUUGGCUCUUUCAACCUCACAAAAAACUGAGAUAUUUCUUUUCGCGCCGCCUGUUCGAUGAUCAUGUGGUUGACAAUCUUAAAACGGUCACAAUGACUCAGUGGAAAAAUGCGGAUAAGCAAAUUUUGGUAGUACAUGGCGCUGCAACAGAGGAGAGUGAAGAAAGCUACAUAACAUAUGUCAAAGUUCCUAAACUUGGUUGUGUGGAGUGCAAAAAACUGAUCGACGAUGGUCCAUAUUCUUUUUACAACGCACAUUGUCUAAAUUGCCAUCUUACGGUGCACACAAAGUAUUCCUCGACCGAAACAGAUCCCCGCUUCGAGCCGAACAUCAAUCUUCUCUGCCCCGAGCGCAUUCUUAUAAUCUCGAAUGGCUUCAUGCACAUGCUGCGCAUUGAUGUGGACACGCCGGCCGUAUCCAGCAGCAGCAGCAGCAGCAUGAACAACAGCUGCUUGCCACAGCAUAACUAUAACCUGCCCUGUACACAACAGACUUUGCUACUGCCACGUACUCCACUAACCAGCGAGGAAGAUCGCUGCUCUGUACCAUUUACUGGAUCUGAAGCAGACAGCGAGCACAGUGUCGUGGCGCGCAUUAUUGCGGAUUUCAGUGAUAUUGAAACGGAGCAUACUCAGCGCAGCAGCAUUAUAAACAAUAAUGAAAUUCAACCGCGCAUCAAUUCAGAACCAAACAGUGUCUGCUACGAGAAGCUCAUUUUCUCAUCCAACUGCAGCAGCGGCAUGGCUGCGACGAGCAUGACUUUGAUGGAAACCACUUUACCUGUUGUUAUACAAAAUGCUGUUGGCUCCAAUGGGUCCAGUCAAUCGAGGAAACGAAAUCAGCGCAUUGUCACCAAGUCUUAUCGGAACGGAAUCACAACAAUUGAUAUGCAAAAUACAUCGACUUCUAGCUCAAUGACUGAUAAAUCGAAUGCCUAUGAGUUUUCCGAGGACAAUGAAAAAUGUGAAAAGAUUUCUACGUUUCGUAAGCGCCGAUUGGCCGACAAGAAGUAUGAAUUCUCCGAGGAUAACUCUGAGAAUAUUAUACCAUUCACCAAAAUACGAUCAGCAGGACGUACCACGUUUACUCCAUCGGCGGCUAGCUCAACAGCUCAGCGCAGUUUGCAUCGAUUUUCACCCACGGCACACUUCUUUCACAACUCACCAUGUGCUUCGCCCUCAUCAUCGCCCCAUCCGGCACAACCUGCCCAUACACCGCCUCCAGCAGCGCACCUCGGCUUUCGCUCACCGCCAUCCAGCUCGAAUCUGAUGCGAUCGCCAAGCCGUAAUGCAAAUGCUGUCACUGUAGCUGCUCAAAUCUAUAAUCAAAAGUCGCCACCGUUGUCACAAGCCACUCAACAGAUGCUAAGCUAUAAACCCGUUGGACCCUUAGGUGCAUUAUCGCCAUUGCAGGUAUCUAUGGCCAAAAGAUUUGAGAUUGGCGGCUCUAUGUCACCAAAUGCAGGCCUCUCAUUUCUCUCGCCACGUCGUGAUGAGCAGCGUAUUGUCGAGAUGCCAGUUCAAGGUGGUGUUAUGCCAGAGAAGCCGGUAUGCACCAAAAAGCUACGACGUCGCUAUGUAGAUGAGGAUGAUGCCACCUCUGUAAUUACUAGCGAAGAAGAUGAUUGUAUCUCACCAGGAUACCAUACAUCGUUGCCCAUGGAGGUACAUGGCUCUUGUUACUCGGAAAUGCAAAUGAUUUCACAGGCAUCCUACCAACGAUUGCGAUGCAGUAGUGUCAUAAUUACACAACAUUCAUUUGAUCUGGAAACCUUCACGUAUUACGUUAUUAGCAUGCUCUGUCAAAAGCAUCAGAAGAUCUACAACGUAUUUUAUGACUGGGCCUAUGAAUUCAUCAAUGUUUGUCCGAUAAGCCAAACAAUUAGUUGUUUGCUAAUGGCACAGUUCUCCGCUCGAGAUCAGAUGCCAACAACUCCCACAAAUUGCAUGUACUGCACAGGACGCAUGGGAUGCGUAUUUCACAAUCGGCAGUACGAAUGUCGCAUUCUUUUUACUUGGAACAUGGAGAGUGGACAAUGGCAGGUCCUGGAUUAUGGAGAGCUCAAGGAAAUGCACGAGCUUUUCAGCCCUCUAAAACGUCUGGGAAAGUCGCGUCUCACCUUUGCACAGCUGGCUCGCCAGACGGCUCAAGAAAUGGCAACAAGUCUAAAUAGUCUCCCUGAUUAUACGUGUAAUUUACGUGUGCUCAACUCAGAUAUGAAAAAAUCAAAAUCAUGCAUUUGUGAUCUGGACAACAUGGUGGAGUUUCAUUUAAAGCGCACAACCAACGAAUUGCUCUAAGCGCAAUACUACGGCCACAAAUGGUUGUGGGAAAAUUUUCCUCGCAAAGUACAAGUGCAUCUAGUUCAGUUACAAACAAUACUUUGCGCUGUAUUUAGUUUAAUAUUACUUUAACAUGUUUUAGUGCAACGAAACGCUUUUGCAUAAGGUUGAAAGGCGUCCUAAUUUUGACUGAAGUCGUUUAAGUAAACUACAAUUCAUAAAUAGUUCUAAGACAUGCAUACAAUAACGCAUAUACUUUUGAUAUUUCUCCAAAUACUACCUUCUAAUUAAAAAUUUGUUAGAAAAACUAUACGAAUAAUGAACAUUAUACUUAACAUAUUGUAUCACUUAAGUAGUUAGUUUCUCAUGUCUAAUGAGUAAGUUUAAGUAUACAAAUCUAAUCAGUCAGUAUAAUUACAGAUACAAACAUAUAUUUCAACUUGAGUGAGUUACAUUUUGAAAAAGUAAUUAAGUCAAGAUAUUUCUAAGUACAUGACAACCAACAUUUAUGUAAAACAACUUACCUAAAUAUAUUUAUAUAAGAUUUUCAAACUAUA